AUGCACAUUCCACAAGAAGGCAGCGUGUUUUCAUUCUUCUCAGACUUGGACACUUCCGAGAACAAAUCCAUAGGAAGCAGAUCGGGGAAUUCACUGGCUGUUCUUGCUAAGAAAUUCCUGCAGCUACUGGAAGAGUCCCCACAUUUCGAGCUAAACUUAAACCACGCUGCCUCCGUACUAAAAAUACACAAAAGGCGUCUUUACGACAUAACAAACGUCCUGGAGGGGGUGGGAUAUAUCCGCAAGAAGCUGAAGAAUAGCAUACAGUACGUGAAGGAGAAAGGGAAGGAAAAAUGCAUAUGUUGUGGCGGGCACUCACUUUCCGUGAAUAAGGACACAGAGGAGGUCAGAGACUUGCUCAAAGAGCAGAAAGCGAUAGAUGACGAGCUUGCGAGAAUGAACAGUGAACUGCAGGCGCUUGCAAACAAGGAAGAGAAUGUAAAUUUGGCAUACGUAACAUACGCAGACUUGAGAGAGCUGGAGAGUGCGUCGCCGGUCUCUUUGUUUGCAGUUAAAACCCCGCCUGGCACAUUCUUGGACUUUCCCUCCUCAAACAAUCCAGAAGAAAGUGUGCUUGCACUCUCUUCGCCAAACGAAAAGAUUGAUGUAUACUACUUGCAAGACACGGCUGAUUCUGUCACUAAAUAA